AGAAAGAUGACGAAUAGACAUACAGCAAGGAUUUCAAAACCAGACAGAAUGCCUAUGUACUUAUUCACAACUACUGGAUUGGAGAGAACAGAUAGCGAAGACCGCCCUUUCCUGUCAACCAAAUUCCGGCGAGAUAAGAAAAGAUCGGUCAAGGGGUAUCUAAAGUAGAUGGCGCGGUUGAUUAAGAGAUGAGGGACUGAGAGUAAAAUUCACUACUAGUUGCAUUAUUGAGAAAGAGAUGUCUUGGGAAAUCGAAGAGAUCGGAGAAGAUACCAAGAGUGAAGUGAUUGGGAACAACAAAGAUGGAGGAGUGAUCAAUGAUGUUUAUGUUGCAGUUGGCAAGAAUGACAUGUAUGUUCUUCAAUGGGCACUUGAUCAUGCCAUCUCUCCAGGAAUUCGCGUAUGCCUUGUGCAUAUUUUUCCUCCCAUUACCUACAUACCUUCACCAGUUGGCAAGUUAUCAAGUAGCCAACUGACGAGAGAGCAGGUGCAAGCUUACAUCAAUGAAGAGAGCAACAGGCGGAAGAAUCUCUUGGAAAAAUACAUCCGCUUAUGCAAUGAUGCCAAAGUAUCAGUAGAUACUGUACUUGUGGAGAGCAAAUCACCAGGCAAAGCAUUACUUGAUCUAAUAUCUGUUGUCAAUGUUACCAGCCUCGUUAUUGGAACUAAACGAUCACUUUCCACCAUACGAGUGAUGAAGGGACAUGGAAUUGGAGAAUAUGUUCAGAAGAAUGCACCAGCUUCCUGUCAAGUUAAUGUCGUUGGUGAGGAAGGCAAGAAGAUAAAGAAAGGUGAAGCUCCUUCACAGCCGGAGAUUGCUAAACAAUCUAACAGGAAUUUAUUUGAAUGGAUGUGUUUUUCUCCCAAGUUCCAUGGAGAAGUUGGAAGAAAAUAACAAUAACGAAGAAUUCAAAAUUUGAAUCUUAUAAAUUCGAUAGGCAAUCAAACCUAAUACUACUAUAUCAAAUUUAACUUUCUGUUUUAUUUUUAAUACUUUCGAUAAAAUCUUUUUCUAUUUUCAAAAAUUUUAAUUCGAGACAUGUCGCUUUUUUAAGUAA